AUGAUGGCGGCGGUCGGUGCACCAGAAGUGAUCACACAACUGGAGAGCGCUGCCAAAGUUUUAAUGGCACCGCCGUCCAUGGUCAGCACAGAACAGAGGCAGCAUGCUGAACAUGUAUUCCUCUCCUUCAGGAAGUCCAAAUCCCCGUUCGCCAUCUGCAAGCACAUCCUUGAGACCAGUAAGGUGGACUAUGUGCUAUUCCAGGCAGCCACAGCCAUCAUGGAGGCUGUUGUGCGGGAGUGGAUCCUGCUGGAGAAGACCAGCAUCGAGUCCCUGCGGGCAUUCCUUCUCACCUACGUCUUACAGAGACCCAACCUGCAGAAGUAUGUCCGUGAGCAGAUCCUGCUGGCGGUGGCGGUCAUCGUGAAGAGAGGCUCCCUGGACAAAAGCAUCAGCUGUAAAAGCAUCUUCCAUGAGGUCGGCCAGCUGAUCAGCAGUGGGAACCCCACCGUGCAAACGCUGGCCUGCUCCAUCCUGACCGCUCUGCUCAGCGAGUUCUCCAGCUCCAGUAAAACCAGCAGCAUCGGCCUCAGCAUGGAGUUCCACGGCAACUGCAAGCGUCUCUUUCAGGAGGACGGCUUGCGGCAGAUUUUCAUGCUGACCAUGGAGGUGCUGCAGGAGUUCAGUCGUAGAGAAAACCUCAGCGCUCAGAUGUCGUGUGUCUUCCAGCGCUACCUGGCUCUGGCCAACCAGGUCCUCAGCUGGAACUUCCUGCCUCCCAAUCUGGGGCGCCACUACAUCGCCAUGUUCGAGGCCACGCAGAACGUCACGCUGAAGCCUACGGAGUCCUGGAGGGAAGCGCUGCUGGACACCCGUGUCAUGGACCUCUUCUUCUCUAUACACAGGAAGAUCCGGGAGGACUCGGACAUGGCGCAGGACUCCCUCCAGUGCCUGGCCCAGCUGGCCUCCAUGCACGGCCCCAUCUUCCCAGACGAGAGCGCCCAGGUCUCCUAUCUGGCUCACAUGGUGGAGGGGCUCCUCAGUAUGAUCAAUGGGAUUGAGAUUGAGGACUCUGAAGCGGUGGGCAUCUCCAACAUCAUCUCCAAUCUGAUCACCAUGUUCCCCCGCAGUAUUUUAACCGCUCUGCCCAGCGAGCUCUUCACCUCCUUCAUCAACUGCCUCACGCUGCUCACCUGCUCGUUUGGACGCAGCGCCGCCCUGGAGGAGGUGCUGGAUAAAGACGACAUGGUUUACAUGGAGGCCUACGAUAAGCUGCUGGAGUCCUGGCUAACGCUCGUCCAGGACGAGGAACACUUCCCCCGCGGCUGCUUUGUACAGCCGGCCAUCCAGGUUUUCAACUCGUACAUUCAGUGUCAUCUGGCCGCCCCCGAUGGCACGCGGAAUCUGUCUGUGAACGGCAUAGCGUCACACGAGGAGGAGGAGAUCAAUGAGCUGCAGGAGGACGACAGGGAGCUGUUCUCUGACCAGCUGUCCAGUAUUGGCAUGUUGGGACGUGUCGCUGCAGACCACUGCAUCCCCCUGCUCACCAGUUUGCUGGAGGACCGAGUGAACAGGUUACAUGGCCAGCUCCAAAGAACCCAGCAGCACCUUAUGGCCUCAUCCGACCCGGCAUCCGUCGAUCGUAAAGUCCUUGAUGACCUGUAUGAGGACAUCCACUGGCUCAUACUGGUCUCAGGUUAUCUCCUGGCAGACGAUCCUCAGGGCGAAACCCCUCUCAUCCCCUCGGAGGUGAUGGAGUUCUCCAUCAAACACUCAACAGAAGUCGACAUCAACACAACGCUACAGAUCCUGGGCUCUCCGGGGGAAAAAGCCUCCUCCAUACCGGGAUGCAACCGCACAGACUCCGUCAUCAGACUGCUGUCUGCGGUGCUGAGAACGUCAGAAGUGGAGUCACGGGCGACCAGAGCGAGCUUGACGGAGCUUCUGAGUCCGCAAAUGGGCAAAGACAUUGUGUGGUUCCUCAGACGGUGGGCUAAGUCGUACCUACUGGUGGAUGAGAAGCUCUAUGAGCAGAUCAGCAUGCCUCUAAGCACAGCGUUUGGUGCAGACACAGAGGGAGCCCAGUGGAUUGUGGGAUACCUGCUGGAGAAAGUUAUUAAUAAUCUGUCGGUGUGGAGCUCGGAGAUGGAGCUAGCGAACGACACGGUGGAGCUGCUGGUGACGCUGGUAGAGAAGAGGGAAAGGGCGAACAUCGUGGUGCAGUGCGAGAGCUGGUGGAACCUGGCGAAGCAGUUCGCCAGCCGCAGCCCGCCCCUCCACCUGCUGUCCAGCUCGGUGCAGAGGUCCCUGAUGAAAGCUCUGGUUCUGGGAGGCUUCGCCAACAUGGACUCUGAAACCAAGCAGCAGUACUGGGCUGAGGUGCUUCAUCCUCUGCAGCAGCGUUUCCUCAACCUCAUCAACCAGGAGAAUUUCGCUCAGAUCAGCCAGGAAGAGGCCGUCAAACAGGAAAUAGUCGCCACACUGGAGGCGCUGUGCGGCAUCGCCGAGGCGACGCAGAUAGACAACGUGGCUUCGCUCUUCUCCUUCCUCAUGGACUUUCUGUCCAGCUGCAUCGGCUUAAUGGAGGUUUACAGCAACACGCCUGAAACGAUCAACCUCAUCAUAGAGGUUUUUGUGGAAGUGGCUCACAAACAGAUCUGCUAUCUGGGAGAGACCAAGUCCAUGAAGCUGUAUGAAGCCUGCUUGACGCUGCUGCAGGUCUACUCCAAAAACAACCAAAGCCGGAAGCGGAGCGACGCCACGGCCGAAGAGGACCAGUACCAGGACCUGCUGCUCAUCAUGGAGCUGCUAACAAACCUGCUGUCCAAGGAGUUCAUAGACUUCAGCGACAAUGAUGAGGUGUUUCGAAACCAAGAGCAGGGGACGCCGGCAUCGAACCGCACGGUCUCUGCCGCAGAUGUCGUUCUCUACGGAGUCAACAUCGUUCUUCCGCUCAUGUCUCAGGACCUGUUGAAGUUUCCGUCUCUGUGUAAUCAGUACUACAAGCUGAUCACCUUCAUCUGUGAGAUCUUUCCAGAAAAGAUCCCCCAGCUGCCGGAGGACCUUUUUAAGAGCCUCAUGUUCUCACUGGAGCUGGGAAUGACCUCAAUGAGCUCAGAAGUCAGUCAGCUGUGUCUGGAGGCUCUGUCUCCACUGGCUGAACAAUGCGCCAAAAACCAGGAGAAAGACUCACCGCUCUUCAUCGCAACGCGCCACUUCCUGAAGUUGGUGUUUGACAUGCUGGUGCUACAGAAACACAACACAGAGAUGACGGUGGCGGCAGGAGAAGCCCUCUACACCCUUGUGUGCCUACAUCAGGCGGAGUACUCUGAGCUGGUGGAGACGCUGCUGUCCUCUCAGAGAGACGCCAUCAUCUACCAGCGGCUGGCCGACGCCUUCAACAAGCUGACGGCCAGCAGCACGCCGCCCACCAUGGACCGCAAGCAGAAGGUGGCCUUCCUGAAGAGCCUGGAGGAGUUUGUGGCCAACGUUGGCGGCCUCCUCUGCGUAAAGUAACCACUAAGAACCAGCAUGGGCCUGGGUACGCGAUUGUUCUGGGGAUAAAAAAAGCAACCAAUCAAAGACGCCAUCUGUGCCCCGCCCCCUUCUCUGCAUCACACCGUAGAGCUAUGACCGACAGACGGUUGGAGGCUCUAAUCCUCCUGGGAUCCUCUCCCAGUAAAUGUUUACCCUUUUUUUAUUUUCUGCCUGGGAUUUCUUCUUAAUCGUUUUCGCCCGCCUCCUUCGCACAUUAAAGUCACGGCGCCUCAUGAGUCGUUGAAGUAAUGUGUUAAAACCGGACUGCAGCGCAGACGGUGGCGGGUUAGCAGCGACGGCCACCUUGGAGAUGAGGCUGGCGUUCUCCUCUUUAAAGGCUUCUGGAAUGUAAACACAGACGCACACUAAGGCUGAGACCUGACGCCAUUAAUCAGACCCCGCCCAGUCCUUCCCAGAGUGCCUUUGGUUUUCUUGAUUGUCCAUCGUGCGUAUGAAUGGAUCCUGUCAUACAUAAAGUCAAGCUAUAAAGACGGUGCCUACCUUCUGCCAAGAGUACAACACUUCCACUCUGACAUGCAUGCACAACAGGCGUUGCCAGGACAACGGGUGUGCGGCCAGCCCCGGCCGUCUUUGAGGUUGCUGAACGACGCAGCACAAGGGAGCGUUUGUUUGAUGCCGACCACAGAGAAACCAAAAUAAAGAAGCUGUGUGUAUAUAUAAAUAUGGAUAUAUAUAUACAGUAAACCUAUAAAUGUACGACGUUUUUAGCCAGGAAACCUUGGAAAUGUUCAUUUAAAUAAAUAAAGAUGACUGAAAUGUUUUUAUAUGCCAGUAGAGACGGCAAGUAGGAGUUCAACUUAAGAGGGAGCAACUUCCGCCAUCUUGACCUUAGCGGUUUGGUAGUUUGUUUGUUUUUUUUCUAUUUGGAUUAAAGGCGACCUGUCUGGGCCCAUCUGCCUGCUCUGUGGGAGCAGCUUAUUUUUCUACAGCAGCACAUCCACGGGACGACUCCUCAAACACUGGAUUAUAGCAGAGACUGUUGGAAGUGAAGGACAGCAAUAACUUACCAAAUAAAAAGGAGCAGAGCCACUUGUGGAAGCAUUAUGUCGGAGACAGAAUCCUCCUCCCUAAGAGCACUAUCUCUGUUAUUGUAGAUGGCUGUUUUUGUUAAUGAAGUGUAAAAGUGUACAUAAAGUUGUUGUAUUAAACCUUCUG